ACGCCUUGUCAAGUGGCACCGACGUCUGCCGUCUUGUGCAUUCGGCUCCACUUCUGCGUGUGUUGCGGCACUGAGUUCACGUGCGGGUCGGUAUUGAUCCGUGCGUGUUUACAUAGGGAGCUGAGCAGUGUCUUCUCCUCGCUCGCUGUCAGGCACAACAUACAACCAUGCUGGCUGUGGUGGUACGGAUGAGUGCGCUCACUUCUCACUGCUGUCUGCUCUGUGUUACUUUGGUGCUGCUAAGUUAUGUUGCCGUGACGAAAGCGGACAACGAGGAGCCCAGUGUUCGUCAGGCUCGCUCGGCGGCCGAUCAGGUGGUCGUUCAUCCCGUGGACUGUGUUCUGUCUGGGUGGAGCUCGUGGUCGCGCUGUGACGUCUGCCAGAAGAAAAGAUUUCGCUAUGCCAAACUGGACCAGCCAUCCCAGUUUGGAGGGCAGCCGUGCAACUUUUAUGGCGAGGAGGAGGAGGCCUGUGCCGUUCCAGCACACUACACCUGUGUCACUGUUCCUUUGUGUGAGGGAUUCCUCUGCAACCAAACAGGUCGCUGCAUCCCCAGAACUCUGCAGUGCAGCGGGGAGGACGACUGUGGGGACAUGUCGGAUGAAGCCGGCUGUAAGAACGUUCCGAAGCCCUGUAGCUCGGAGGCCGAGGAGUAUUGGGGGAUCGAGAACCUCGCCAAAGGAAUCAACAUCUUGAACAGUAACCUCGGGGGAGUGGUGCUGGAUAACAGAUACUACGCCGGCAGCUGCCUGCCGCAUUACAUCGAGGAUGUCAGAUUCAGGAAGCCGUACAACUUGCUACAUUACACUUUGCAGACAAAAGGCUCGUAUGAUUUCACAAUGCAGUCUUUUAAAUCAUACAAAGAGUACAAGGACCACGUCGUGAAGGAGCACUAUUCCCAAACCACUUUUUCCUUUGGCAUUGCCGUUCCAGGCGUAUUUGAAGUUGCCUUUAACUUCAAUAAUGAAAAAUAUUCAAAAGCCGAAAGGAAGAUUCGCCGUGCUUCUAGCAAGACCAACAGCUUUGUGAGGGCCAAAGCAGAACUGGAAUUGGCCCAGUACAUUUUGAAGUCCGAUGAUUUGAUGCUCCACCCUGAGUUCCUGCAGCGUCUGCGCUCUCUGCCACAGACGUAUGUCUACGGAGAAUACAGACAGAUCUACAGGGACUACGGAACCCACUACAUCACAGAGGCAGCCCUCGGAGGAGACUACGAAUACACCGUCAUCCUGAACAAGGAGAAGCUCGAGAAGACAGAUUAUUCUUUGGAUGACUAUAAGCGCUGUACUCAGGCCGGCCUUAAGGUCGGGGCCAACAUUAAAGGCAUUUACGUGGCGCUGGGGAUCCAAGGUGGAUCCUGUGACGCCCUGCUGAAUGAGUUUGGAGAGGACACAGAGCAUGGCAGCAUGGUGGAGGACUUUGUGUCCGUCGUCAGGGGCGGGAGCAGUGAGACCAUCACUGCGUUGGUGUCUAAAAAGCUUCCCACCCCGGAGCUGAUGGGGCUCUGGGGCGAGGGCGUACGUUAUAACCCUGACUUCAUACGCAAAACAAUUCGGCCGCUGUUUGAGCUGGUGAUCUCCAGAGACUUCUCCUAUCCCGAAAUCCUGAAAAGGAACCUGAGGAGAGCGCUGUCAGAGUACCUGGCCGAGGCCAGUCCCUGCCGAUGUGCUCCGUGCCGCAACAACGGAGUGGCCGUUUUGAAAGGCACCAGGUGUGACUGCGUGUGUCCCGUCGGCUACUCUGGACGAGGCUGUGAGAUCACGAGUAGGCGAAAAGAAAUAGCCAUUGAAGGCAGCUGGAGCUGCUGGGGUGCGUGGUCGCCCUGCAGUGGGGGAACAAUGACGAGGAGUCGACAGUGUAACAACCCGGCGCCCAGCGAAGAAGACCUGGCAUGCAGAGGACUGAAGCAGGAGUCCACGGAGUGCUUUUGAUAUCUGCUCAACAGCCCCGUUGUCAGUCUCGACUUAAAGAAUGAUUAAAACCCGUUGUUGAAAAUAG